AUGUUCAAAGAAACAGGUGUUAAACAAUCAAUCAAAGAGGUACCAGAAAAUAGUCUUAUUUUUCUCUAAACAAUAAGGCUUCUCCUGUGGCUAUCAAGAAGAUUGAUCUCUUGUCACUUCUGAAAGACAACAUCUUAUCUCUGAAUGACCAGAUUGUGAACCACAUUGAAUCUAAAGAUCAAGGACUUCUUUUGAAAUUGCCAAAGCUCACGAAUAAUUUCAUUAACAAGUACUUGAAAGGUAAAUUAUUUGUCUUAAAAACAGAUGAGCUCUCUAAAAUUUGUCCUUCAGAAUCUGGUAUGGCAGCAACUACUAGAAAGGCUGUGACUAGCCUAUGAAGAGGCUUCUCGUGUGAACUAGUCGGUACAAAUAGUAUCAAGGUGUCAAUCCCAGCUCCUGUAAUAUCAACAGAUAAUGCAGAAAUUCAGACUUUGGAUCCUCAAGCAGUAGAGAUAAAAAAUCUUCAAUCAAUAACAUCACAUAAAUCAUCCGAAAUCUCAUCUCUAAAAUCAAUUAUCUCUACAAAAAAUUCACAUAUACCUUCGAAAAAAUUAACAUAUCUCUAA